GAUGUCAAGUAAGUAAACGAUUAUUGUAGGUAGGCUAGAAUCCAAAGUCAACAGUAAGAAAACGUAAAUAUUUUGAUGAAAGAUGGGUUCGGAACAAUCUGCGAGUCAAUCGAGACCGGUCAGCUUCGAGGAGAGCAAUCCCAGACAACUGAACUUCAGGAGGCAACACACCAUUGCUAAUCCAGGUGGUGGAAAUGCAGAGCCCCCUUAUGAUGGUGAGAGGCCAGGUUCAACUUCACCAGGUCCUAGUGUCUGCAGUGAUAUUGACUUACCCUACAUAAGUUAUACAGUAAACAGACCAAUUGGAGCAGAUUCCCCAAAGUUAACUAAUAAACAGCAGAGCAAGCCUAAAUCAUCUCAGAGGAAACUGCAGAGCAAGAAUGUGAAGAAGACUCCAGCUCAUAACAUUGUGGUGGUUAAACCUGCCCUAAGUGGACCAAACACUGACAGAGAUCCGGACAUUCUUAGAUUACAGGCAAUUCCAAUGUUUCUUCCAAUCAUGAGGGCUACCUUGAAUUUACCAGCAGCAAGGGACCCAGAGGUACUGGAGAGAUUGGAUCCAGUUCCCAUGCAGAGGAUGUGCUCCAGGUAUCAGAAUCACAUGUACACGUGCGCCAAUCUCGUCGCUACGGAGCAAAACAUAUUGACGCAGAAAAUACGCGAGAUUGAUUUGGAUGUGGCGAAAAUGGUGGCGGUCGCCAGUGAUAGAUUGAAGAACUUUUCCAAACAUCAGGAUAAGCUCAAGAAGGUGCAGGAGCUCUCCCAUCAACUGAACAAGUGUCAUAUUCUCUUGAACCACACGCUCGAGUCUAUGGAGUUGCUGAAUAACUAUUUGGAUAUUGAGGAUAGAUUGGAGCCGUUCGUGUGGACGACCGGAUGAAAAUAGCAUUUAAUUUUAGCCGCUUCUUAAGCCAUAACUACUUUGUGUUCCUUUCGUUUUUAAAAAAAAAAAUGCAGGUAUUAUUUUCUGUGAUUCUAAAGCGUUAAAUUAUUUUUUUUUACUAAUCAGGACCGCGAUUCAAAUAAAGAAUCAACUUAGAUCUGAAUCAAAUUUUGGUGACUAUAUUACUUAAAAAUUUGAUUUUAUUAGUGUUGCUAUAUAUUAAACAUUGUUGUUAAUCAGUAUAGAAACAAAAUCUUUCAUGUAAAACUUUGCUUUUAAAAUUUAACUAAAAAUUAUUAUCAAGUUGUAGCAGUGAAACAUAAGAACAAACAAAAAAUAGUUUUCACUGUUCAAAAAGAUUUAUGCUUGAAGAAUUGAUUAACGUGAAUCAUUAAUGAUUAAUAAUUUACACGAAUAUAUUGGUAAAUAAUUCUUGUUAGUAUUCUUUACUAAGUCAUGUUAAUACCAUUAUGGGUGAAACCACAUAUAAUAAAAGGUGUUUAGCACGAUCAAUAAAUGGUUCCACCGUGUGACGU